AUGUCUUUUACGACUUUAGAUAUUAAAGAUCGACCUUAUGGUGAUAUACUUUUGCUCUUUGAUGUAGAUGGCACUUUGACGCCUCCAAGAGAUAUUAUUAGUCAAGAUAUGUUCGACCUUUUGGUGCAGUUAAGAAAAAAAGUGGUAAUUGGGUUUGUUGGAGGAGGUGACCUUGAAAAACAGCAAGAACAACUUGGACUUAAUAAAACGUCAGUUAUUGACAUGUUUGACUAUGCAUUCCCUGAAAAUGGAUUAAUAGCUUAUGAACAAGGAAAACUUUUAGAAGCCCAGUCCUUCAUUCGUCACCUGGGUGAAGAAAAGUAUAAAACGUUUACUAAUUUCUGUUUAAAAUAUAUUUCCGAGCUAGAUAUUCCAAUUAAAAGAGGAACUUUUAUUGAGCUUCGUAAUGGAAUGAUGAAUAUUUCCCCCAUAGGACGUAAUUCAACAAAGCAAGAACGUAAUGAAUUUGAAGAAUAUGAUAAAAAAUGUGAAAUACGAAGAAAAUUUAUAUGCGUUCUCCAGAAGGAGUUUGCUGAUUAUGGACUUGCUUUUUCAAUUGGUGGUCAAAUUUCUUUCGAUGUUUUUCCUAUAGGGUGGGAUAAAACGUAUUGUUUGAGAUAUCUUCAGAACAAGAAUUUCAAGAUUUAUUUUUUCGGAGAUAAAACUCAUGAAGGUGGUAAUGAUUGGGAAAUCUACAACAGUCCAUUGACAUUUGGGUACAAUGUUAAAUCGCCUAAGGACACUGAAAGAAUUCUUCGUGAAUUAUUUUUUAGUAAUGAUAGUUUUUCUUUAUAG